GAGGAUGGUGGUGAUGGUGGUGGUGAUGAUGGUGGUGGUGGUGGUGGUGAUGGUGGUGGUCAAUGGUGCAUAACCCAGACGGUGAAUGACUCAUUGCAGCGCCACACUCUCCUUCCAGCCUCGUCUCUUCACCGCCAGGAUCAUUCUUUCACAGAAAGUAAUGUAGAGUUAGAAGACAAGAUGUCAGAAUACUGCCUACGCUGGAACAACCACCGGCCCAACCUGGUGACGGUAUUCUCCGAGCUGCUCACGUCUGAGGCCCUGGUAGAUGUCACUCUGGCCACCGAUGGUCACUACAUACACGCUCACAAACUGGUACUCUCAGCAUGCAGCGUUUACUUUAAAGACUUGUUUGGUGCAAACCCCUGCAAACAUCCCAUUGUGAUCCUCAAGGAUAUUCGUAUUGAUGACCUGAAAACUGUGAUUGACUUCAUUUACCGAGGGGAAGUCAAUGUGUCCCAGGACAGGUUACAAGAUGUGCUCAGGACUGCAGAGUCACUAAGGAUUAAAGGACUGGCAGAAAACCCCCGUAGCUACGAUGAUAUGUCUAGUCAUGGCGCCCGCUUCUCAUCAUCAUCACUUGGUUCACAGGUCACACGACAGAGAUCUUCCCUGACAGAUUCCAGAGAGCAGUCACUUAGUUUAGAGGGGGAUGAGGAAGGUGAUCCGGGUACGCCACCAUCCUCCAAGAAACGUAAAAUCACAGCCUCUCACGACAGUUCAGAAAGCCUGCACGGUGAACAUGGUGCGUGUGCUAUUAAAGAGGCAGAAAAUGAGGAGAAGGGACGGGCGUAUGAAGUCAAAGAUGAACCUCUUGAUGAACACGAGAAUGAGAAACCACAAUCCAGGGAUGUAGAACAGGAUUCUAAUGUGGGUGCGAGUCAAGACACGGGUGACGAGUCGAAUAUGACUCCAGGGACCAGCAGUGAUUCUCCCUUAACGUCCUCGCAUUCACAAGGUCGAAAUAGGCGAGGAGUGCUACAGCGACAGCAUGGCAUCACUCGUGAUGCAGGUGGAGAAGAGAGGAGAGAAGAUAACCGAGACUCAUCACACCAACAACAAAUACAGUCUCAACACAAAAUACACCUCGACGGAGACGGAGAAAAAAUUACCGAACUGAUUGUGCCAGAUACGAUGGUGUUGGGUGGUGGGUCAGUCACACUAACUAACACCCAGCCAACACUUCUUCAAGUGCCAACUAUGGUGGUGGUGCCCAGAGAUACACUGGGCCCAGGACCAUUGCCUAAGCAGCAUUCACACCCUACACCUUUGUUGGCACCAACGCCAAUCAGUAAGCAACUGUCUCAUCCAGAGGGCCGGGGUCCUUCCACUCAUCAAGGGCCUCAACCCAUAAUAAAGCAACGAUCACACCCAAGCGUUUUAACACACACUCCGCCACAUUCUAGUUUAGAGCGUAUUGCAAGCACCACCAACUUCACCACCACUACCACCACCACAGGAGCUCAACAGCAUUUACAGGUAAUUCCAAUGCAAGUCUUUAUGAAACAGCGACCUUCACCUACUGCUAUAACAUCACAGCCAUCACAGCUUCGACCGAUCCAACCUAAACCCUCCACCGGUGAAGGUCAAACGACUUCAGAUUCCACCCCUAAGAAAGAAGUACCUAUAAUCCGUCUGACACCCUCGGAAGAUGGCGGUGUUAAUCUUAGUAGCAGUAGUGGUUAUAGCAUGAGCGGCUGUGGCAUCACUGGUCCCCCACGACUACCCCCUCGUGCAGUAAGCGAGGAACCAGCUAUGACACGACCGUCAAUGACACACACUCCUGAGCUACUUUCGCCUGGGCCGUCUGUUCUAGUGCAGAGUGUAUCGCAAGAUUCGGGUUUGGAUGUUGGUAUGGGAAGUCGAAUGUUAAGUGCUCCUUCAUUAUCAGUGACAGCUCCUGCACCAGACAGAUCGGCAUCUUCUCCUGGUCACUGUCCCGUCCUUCGUGGCGGCCCAGCUCUGGGCUGCAACUUCUGUUGGAACUCUACUGACCCCCAAGGCAGAGUACUCCGUCGCAAGACAAAAUAUCACUGUCCAGAAUGCCGAACAAACCUGUGUAUUGUACCGUGCUUUCACGAGUACCACAAACAGAUAGAGAGAGCACAAGACACUGAUAAACAGAUAACCAAAAUCCUUACAAAAACUGGAUCUAUGUAGGUUAAAUAUUAAAGUGGACUGAGGAAACUCUAAAUGGCAGAAAAGAUUUUUAAAAAAGUGUAUUGCCGGAGUAGUAAAUUAGACCAAGAAAUGUGGUAGAUACCAGUGUCAACUUCUGCUUCAUGCAGCGAUCUAUGUGCUCACCUAUUGAUGUACAGUAGUUUGGAACACUAGGUCACUUGAUUUACACAUUAAACUGUGGUGUCUAGUGCUUUCACUAAUAACUGCAAAUUAGUACUGUACCUGUCAGACAAAAGUCUCUUUACCAAUUUUGACUGUAAUAUCUUCAAAAUAUAUAUUGUGAUUUAUCUGACUUAACACCAGUGACUAAAGAAUUUUAUUCCCAUGGGUAAACAUGUAUAUUUAGUUAUGUAUUAUAAAAGAUAUUUAAUGAUGCUCUGCUGGAACGUUUGUGUUAAUUAUUUUAUGGUAAAGUAAAUGUCUUGCAAAA